CUCCAGCUUCUUAUUCAUUCUUAGACAAUGUAAUAACUUCUUAUUGACAUUGUUGUAAGAAAAUCACGAGCAAAGAAGAUCUAGUUUCUUUAAUUUGCGUACCAGACUAGAAGAACUUGAUGAAAAUCGUACUUAAUGAAUAGAAGAUUCAGUAAUAAGGGGCGGAAAAAGAAAAAAAAAAAAGCAAGCGUCGUCGAGGACGGGCGUGAGGAUCUGGAAAGAACCUUUGAGGAGCACAUAUUCUGUCACCAUUUGUAUCAAUCAAGCAAAAAGCUUUGCCUGAAAUGGGGAAAAUAUGGAUUGAAGUCUGCCUGAUUUCCGCCAGGGGGCUACGACGAACAAUAUCAUCUUUGUGGAAGCUGCAAUGGUAUGCUGUUGGAUGGAUUGAUCCAAACAACAAGUACUGUUCCAAGAUUGAUUCUUCAGGCAAUGCAAAUCCUGUUUGGAAAACCAAAUUUUCAAUGUUAGUUGACACUUCUGAAUUAGAUGCUCUCCAUGUUGAAGUUUACAGUAGAGAGCCCAUUUUUCUUAGAGAAAAGCUCCUGGGAACAGCUACUGUGAUUUUGAAAGAAUUUCUGGACAAGUACAAUAACAACUCUGAGAUUUCAAAGCCUGUUGAAGAGGUGGGGAGCUUUCAACUGCGGAGAAAGAACUCGAAUAAACCUCAGGGGUUUGUUGAUGUAUCGAUACGAAUUUCAGAGGAAAGAGAAGAACCAAGUUCACUCCCAGAUUUACUAGGUGACAAUGAGGGAUUUAAGCUUGCAGAUAACAGCGGUGGCUUCAACUUGGCUAAUGGAUAUAAACCUGCACCAGCAUACCCACAACCACAAUCCUUGACCCCCGCUCAACUGCAAGGAAACCAACCACAGCCAAAUCACCAAUAUGCACGUCAAGUACCGUAUGCUAUAAAUUAUUCCGACCCAUCGGUGGGAGGAACGAGCUACGCACCAGCAGCAGGACCGAGCUAUCAGCCACAUCGUGCUCCACCACCACCACCUCCACCUGCUAAUGUUGGUUACAUUCCAACUUUCCUCCCAAGAACAGACAACACGCCGUCUAGUUACUUAAGCAUGCCACAAAGUGGAACUGCAGCAGCACGAAAUGCAAGACCUGGUUUUGGAAUGGGAGUAGGUGCUGGGGCAUUAGCAGCUGGUGCUGUGAUAUUUGGAGAGGAUUUCAUGUCUGGUUUUGAUAUUCCUCGUGGUUUACCGGAUCCCUCUCUCACCAUAUCUCUUGAUCCCCCUUUCUGAAGAUGGAAUACCAUCUAUUUUCUUAUGAUGCAUACAAUGAGAUAUUGUAAAAUUAAUAUGCUUUCCGCACUGCUAAUAUCUGCAAAGUUUCAGUUUGUAGCUGCAAAUCACGGGCUUCUUGUAAAGCUGCAGAGGUUUCAGCUACUAUGGAAUAAACUGAAGUACAAUUUUACAAGUCUCAAUAUACAUGUAUUGUAUUACAUCAUAGUACUUUGUCAUAGUCUCAAGGA